CACCUUUCUCGACUUCCGUUCCGUGCGCGCCGAUUGUUUUCGCCGUGGGGACGCGUGGCCACCACGCGACGACGAUGGAGGCGACGUCGACGGGGAUGUACUCGCUGCGACCGGUGGUCGUCCUGCCCAGCGGCAAGUGUCAUUCGCGCCCGGUGUCCAUGUACGAGCUGCGAAACAUCCACUACGCCCCCGCUGCCGCCGCCGCCGCCGACACCGCCGACACCACCACCGACGACGACGCGCCCGACGACAUUGCCACGCAGGUUAACCGCCUUCUGCAGGCAUCCCUGCCGGAGUACGGGGCGUUGGAAGCCAGGCAAGAGAAAAUUCUUGGCCAACUGGCGGAACUCAAGAAGCAAGUCUCCAGACUGUGCCAUUUCUUGAAACAGUCCAAUCAGAUGGAAGUUGCGAAAGAUGUGGCGGUUCAGAAACCAGUGUCCAUCAAACUAGUGAUUAAUGUAAAUCCGAGGAAGCCGCCGUACUCAAUACUAGCUUUACAGAAACUUUGGAAGGACACUAGCUUCAGAGUGAUAUCGUACCUUCAUUCUACUACAAGUGGUCCAAUACCCAUUGUUUUCCCUCAAACUACUGGAUGCACUGCAAAUGUUCUAGAAUUAACAUUGAUAUGGAAAGAUGUCCCAAACCUACAAGUUAUUACAACUUCUUGCCAAAUAGGGGGCGAAGUCAAUUUUCUUAGAUAUGUGAGCAGACUGAUAGAAUCGCAUUGUUACGAGAGCACAUGCUUGCAACCUCAUACAUUGGAUUUCGCGCUCGACUACACUAAUUUAUUACACCACGAGCAACGUAUAGAAAAGGGGUUGCGCGAACUAGCCGAUAAAUUUGAGGAAUGGUCCUGCAAGGGUGGAUUCAACAUUGUAGACAUUGCAGUGUGGUCUCUAAUUAAACAGUACCCUGGAACAAAGGUACCACAGACCCUCCGCAAGUGGUACGACCUAUGCGAAGAAGCUUUUACAGGGGAAACUUGAUUCAAUAAUAAGUUACGAGAAAUAUAAAUCGUUUCUCUCUUUCGGCAAAGAACUUUGAUAUGUUAAUAAAUGAACAUGUAUAUAUUGUUUUCUAUUCAUAAAAUCAUGCGUUAUUGAUUUAUACACUA